UGUUUGGGAUCGUUGAUGGCGCGCCUCCUGCUUGAAGCUCCGCUCCUCUGUAACCAAAGUUGAUUCAGUGCGAAUCAGUGAACUGCAACUGUGGAGUUCUCAUUCACUUACAGAGGAUGCUCUCCCCACCGACCUGAUCAACAUGGUUUUAUUGAACUCCCGUGAUUUGCUUAGCGGAACUCCACCAAAUGCUUCUUCGUUACGAAUGGAUCGUUUUCUGUCGCAGAAUUAAAGGCGCAUUUUGAGAGUAAUGGAAUCAGUUCCCCUGCCGAGUCGCACUUUGAGGAGAGGCUGAACAAGUGGAAUGCAAGCGGGACGCCUUCCGACAACAUAGCUCAUCACAAUGGAGGGGACAUUGCCUACAUUUGGGAACACAAAUAACUGGAAGGCUCCUUAAGAAGGUGGCUGAUGACCUGAAAGAUUGGCAGAACCCAAUUGGAAGCAGUGUGUAAAAAAUACAUCUAGACACACCCACGUCCGAGAAUGAGGAUCAAAUACACAAUACCCAUUGUCUUCUUUGUGGCACUUGUUAUCAUUGAGAAGGAAAACAGGAUCAUCUCGAGGGUGUCAGAUAAGCUCAACCUGAAGCAGACUCCCCAAACUCCGCUACAACCUGGUGCUUUCUCCCGCUUAGCACUGAAGCACAAUGUGUCCUUCCCCGCACUCAGCAAAGACUUCAAGAUGAUGAAGCGGCGCUUAGAGAACUACAGCGAACACCAGGACGUACCAACAAAAGGAAGGAAACAUGUUCUCCUGUUGGCCACCACCAGGACUGGAUCCUCGUUUGUAGGCGAGUUUUUCAACCAGCAAGGUGACAACAUGUUUUACCUAUUCGAGCCUCUGUGGCAUGUGGAGAAGAUGUUGACAUUGGACACUGGAGGUACUAAUGCUACUGCGUCGGCCAAGGCAUACCGUGACGUUCUCCAGCAACUUUUUCUGUGCGACUUUUCCCUGUUGGAAAGAUUCAUCGACCCGCUCCCUGUGAACCACAUAACCACUAGCCUCUUUCGCAGGGAGUCCAGCAGCUUUCUGUGUGAGGAGUCCGUCUGCAGCCCUGUUGUGAAAGGUGUUUUUGAGCGGUACCGCUGCAAGACGAGACGCUGUGGGCCACUGAAUCUGACCAUGGCAUCAGAGUCCUGCCUUAAGAAGGAUCACAAAGUCAUCAAAUCUGUAAGGGUUCGGCAGCUUGAAAAUCUCCGUCCACUUGCUGAGGAUCCACGUCUUGAUAUCAGAUUCAUCCAGCUGGUUCGGGAUCCCCGGGCUGUGCUGGCUUCGCGAAUGGUUGCAUUUGCUGCCAAGUAUAAGAGCUGGAAGGAGUGGGCCCUGGGUGGGGACGGGCCCCUCAAUGAGGAUGAGGUGAAGAAGCUCAAAGGCAACUGCGACAAUAUCCGAAUGUCUGCAGAAGUCGGCCUCAGGCAACCCCCGUGGCUGCGUGGUCGGUACAUGUUGGUGCGAUAUGAGGACAUUGCUCGUUUUCCCAUGAGGAAGGCAACAGAGAUGUUCCGAUUUUCUGGAAUUCCUUUCACUCCUCAAGUGAAAGCCUGGAUCCUGAAGAACACCCAGGUUUCUAAGGAGAUCAGCGGGGUUUACUCUACCCAGAAGAAAUCCGCUGAACAAGUAGAGAAGUGGAGGUUCAGUCUACCAUUCAAGAUAGCUCAGGUUGUGCAGAGAGCUUGUGGGCCAACACUGAAGCUAUUUGGGUACAAAUUUGUGAGCAGUGAAAAGAUGCUAACAGACAAAUCUAUAAGUCUUAUUGAAGAUAAAGUCAUUAGGGCUUAAAAUAAUAAUAAGUAGCACAAAAUGGAGGAAAAAGGACUGUUUUUUACUUUAUUUUCUUGAAGUGAGGUUCAAUGAAGUUAUUAUCAGUAAUAGUUUCCUUACCUGUAGUGGACUAAUGUCAUAUUCUAGUGAGUUUGCAGGAAAAGGGAUGGGGUAGAGUCAUUCAAACAGAUCACGUUUUAGAUCUUUUGGGUUAACCAUUGUCAGGAGACUGCUGUUAAAGUUGUAAAGUGUAGAUGGUUGGUGGUUAAUAUAAAAGCAUCAGAUGCAUUAGAUAGAACCACUUGUUAUUGAGGAUUUUAAAUUGCUAAGAUCAUAUGAAAUGAGUAACUCUGGGUAGCAAUUAGCCUUCCACUGCUCCUAUAGUUCAUAUAAUUUUCUGUUUAUUGAUGCUGCAUAUAACUUAUGGCAAUAUGACAUCAUUACAAGUAAGGGAACAUUAUUCUAUAUUUAUUUUUAUACUUAAUUUUUAUGUUUUUUAUUUUGGUUUUAUAUAAUAAUUUUGCUGAACCUCACUUAAAAAAUUUUUAAAUAUUCCUUUAAAAUCUCUUUGCAUUGAUUAUAUUUAUUGCUAUCAGUUCUUGUAAAACAGAUAGUCUGUUUUCUUUUUUUUUUUUUUACGAUUUAACAUAGUUUGAGGUCAUUAUUUAUAACCGAACUUUAAAGCUCAAUAAAAUAGAGGUUAGAUGUUUUUGCACUCGAAGCUGCUGCAACUCAUUGUUUGCUUUUUGUUAGGAAAGACCAAAUUUUAUAGCUGUGGCUUUGUGAACAACAAUGAGCAGUUUAACUAAAACACUUCCAGAAACCGCCACUCAUUGUUUCUUGAGAAGUUUUUGCCGCAGGAACAACAAAAACUAUGAUUGCACCAAAGACACACAAAAAUUAAAUUCUGUUGUAUUACAGGAUCUUUUCAUGCAAUAGUUCGUCUUUUAAAUUUGGGUAGUAAUCUCUCGUGAAAAUGUGUCUAUUUGUUCCUUUGUCUAUACUGUCUGAAUCUGCUAAUUUUGCACCCUUGCAGAAGUUACUAUUUUACAAAUCUGUAUUUUGACUUUGUUGAAGAAACAUUUCGUCACCUUCCUAAAAUAAUGGCUUAUGUCCUUUUUUUUCCAAAUGUAAUUUUGACAAAAAAAAAUUCUCCCUUUUUAUUACCAAAAGAUGAUUUAGGGAAACACUCACUUUAUGGCAAAAGAAAAAAAUAAAAAUACUUAGGCCAUAAGUUUAGAAAGGUGACAAUAUUUUGCCAAAAGCUGUUCAAAAUGUUUGCUAGGUGGUAAAGAUCACCUGAAGCAGAUGUCGCUGCUCUACUGUAAGCUAACAUUCCAACUGCAGCUGGUUUGCAGGAUUGUGCAAGGUUUCUCGACAGGUCUCUGUUCACUCAGCUCUUUUGGCAGGCGCUGAUAAGAGGCCACAAUACCCUGACCUCUAUUUAUGUGCUGAUGCUUGCCUUUUGUCUUUUGCAAUAAAUCAACUUUUAAAUUAAAUGCAAGUGUUUAUUUUUUGUAAAUGGAAAAAAAGAAGGAAAACAAACAAAAAAAACCAUAACGAACAAACAAACAAAAACUGCAAACAGAUACGGAAACAGACUACAGUCCUGACCACAGUAGCCUGGAUGUUUUUCAAAUUAGAGAUUUUGUCCCAGAUUUGCAGCUCCUGCCAACGCGUAGGCGUAGUAUUUAGUGAGACAAGCUGAGAUUUUCGCUUGUUGCAUCAGUAAUUGACGGAUGAUUGAUUGAGAAAAGCACACAUUACCACAGAAUCCCUUCUUAAUCAACUAAAGUCUUAACAAUCUGUUUUAUAGCACUAAAUGAAUUCACGAUUGUUGGUUGUAAAACAGAACUACCAACUGAGUGGUGUGAAACACUAAACAUUGUUGUUAAAUUCCUUUCAGACUGUGAUAAAGUAACAGUGGUGACGAUUUGACUGAAACGGAUUAAAAUUAUUAAACGAUAUGUUCAUAAAGCCUCAUCUUUUCAGCAAGCUGCUGUAUGUCACUGAAAAAGAAAAUCAACAGAAAAUAAAAAUGUAUUUCAAUUAAAAGUUUAAAAAAAACAUUAAUAUAUUUUUAGCAUUGAUUGGGUAUUUUUUAUGAUUAUGGGAUAAAGCAUACAUUCUGUUUUUCAGAUAUUUUCAUAAUUACAUAUAGCCAACAAAAAGGGUUAUAGCCAACUGAAAAUUAGAUCUCCACACUGCACAGUAUAGGUACUGAAUACUUGAUCAGGGCCUCUUUUGCACAAAUUACUCCAUCAGUGUGGAGAAAGCCAGGCGUGCUUUUAUAGUGGACAUCAGGAAUGGGUUAAAACAAGGUCAGAGUUAUUCUGAAUGCAGCUGUCUGUGGUUGUUCUUGAAGCUCUGACUUCAGCUGCAAUUUACGCCUCAUGAAAUUCCCUUAAAUUCUUCAAAGAACUUUGCUUCACUAUUUUUUGAGGGAGCAGUUAACCCUGUUGCUUGUGCACCUUUUUCUACCACACUUUUUUCCUUUCACUCAACCUGAGUUGCAGGCUCUUUAGCAAUGGUCUCCAUUUGGAGGAUGUCAUUGAUCUUCUGCAUCAGCUCUCAAGUCAGGACUUUUCCCUAUGAUUGAAUUGGUCACAGCAUUUCUGUAUUAUUUUUAUAAUUUGAUACAUUUCUGAGAAUCUGAACUUUGGGUUGUCAUCAAGGUUUCUUGUUUUUUGUUUGUUUCUUGUCUUUCUUUGGAUGGGUUUUUACUGAAAUGAAAUUUUGUUGUGCUCCUGUAAGAUAACAAUAAAGGCAUUCUGAUUCUGACAUAAGCUACAAUCAUCAAAGAUAGCAGAAAUAAAUACUUAGAAUAAAUUGAUCUGUGAGUAAUGUAUUCAUAAAUAUUAGUUUUACUUUUUUUAUUGAAAUGCAGAAAUAAUUAAUUUUAUGAUGACCAUCAUCUGGUAAAACAAAUUAUCCAAACACAAAUUGUUUGGAUAAUUUUUUAUCCAAACAAAUUAUUACAAGGUUUGGUACUAAAAAUGUCUGUGCUGUGAUGGUGGGUGGCAAAGGUAAAAUUAUAACCAAAAUAGCAAAAGUAAAACAAAUUAUUACAAUAAAUGAGCUGUGAAGAAAGCUGCGAACUGUGAAAACUCUGCCCCCCCUUUUUUUUUUUUUUAACUUUUUGUUCCAUGUUUAAAAUUUGUUGCCAGUCUGGGUGUGGAUGUGUUCUGUUGUUUUACUGUACAAAUCACACCAAUAAUUUUCUGUUUUUAGUCUGUUUGUGUUGGCAUUAGCUACAGAGAAACCACUAAGUGCUGUCAUCAUCUGUACACAUUUUUACAAGUUUAGACUUUUAAUAUAAAGCAUUAAAUGUUCCCUUGUGGAGGCUUCCCAAAGUCAGAGGAACUCCUCACCAUGUGUCGGCUCCUCCAGUUCACGUUUUGAGUCUCAUUCACCACAAACAGGAGUCAGUUGAGUAUGUUUUUAAUCAAAAGAUUUAAGAACAAACUACAACAAGAAUCAAGUUACAAUCAAAUCAGUACGUAUACCUCAGUUAAAACGAUGGACUUAAAUCAUUCUCCCUUUUAAUCCUUUACUAAAGCUAAUGUUUGAGCUUUCAGCACCAAGCUAGUUGAAUAACUGCAGCGACAGAUGCCCUCACUGCCAGUGUGUUUACCACUGUGGGCCCAGCUAUUUAAAUCUCCCAACCCAGUAAUUACCCCAUCCUUACAUAUAGUGUGGUCUAAGCCAUUUUAGUCCACCUGACCCCACCCGCAUACACAACUGCAGCAUUUAUGCAGUCUUUCUCUAACACCAAUCAAGUUUUCUUCUCCUGUUACACCAAAAUGAUUUAUUUGAUUUAACAUCUAUCCAUUCAUUCACUGCUGAGCUUUACAGCAGUUUCACUCAGAAUUACAAAUCACUGUCUGGUCUCAGUGGUUGUGCUAUUUUUGAGGAAAAAAAGCAUGAUCCCAGGUCUUCAGAAUCAGGAAAGAAUUUGUUGCGAGAAGAGGCUCAGCAUUCAUAAACUCCACUGCUGUGACUUAAUGUGGGAUGUGUUGAGGGUGGAGUCGCUGCUUGGUUGGAGCAAAUAUAGAAUAACCACUUUCCGCUGAAUUAAAGCCUUCUCAGCCCCCCUCCUCAGCCAUCAAAUGAGGGCAUUUAGGUAAACCACACCCUCCUGCCUUUUUUAUACGGCUCUCUGCCACAUCAACCGUGAGCAGUUUGAAAUAUGCAAAACAGUCCAAUCUGUGAUAAACAGAGAAAACUGAGGUGAUUCCAACACGUCUCAGAGAUGCACAUAAAACUUAUGUCGCUGCUGGAGAUAAUGAUGGCUGAAGAGAGGAGAUAAAUCUAAAUACACGGCAAAUGAUCACAUACUGAGGAAUGCAAUUCAUAAAGCUCAAGUUGUUGCAUGAGAUAAUGAGUGACUGCGCUAGACGCAGAAAGAGAAAUUUACACUCCAGACUCACAGCAAUAAAUUGAGAUAAACAGAGAAAAAUUGAACAGUUCCGUCACCUAAAAGUAGUGUUUUGUUUUACGUAACUCUUCAAUGGGAGUUUUUCAGCCAAACAUAACCUCUGUUCAGACAGUUGCCUAUGUUUUGACAAUUAUUUGAUUUAGUUAUGUGAAUGACGCAAUUCUUUUUUGCUGUCAUGCUGUCUCCAAGACAAAUAAACACAACCUGUGUUUUAGGAAACUAUGAACAGCUGACGUACCAGACGUAAAAAGUUUUAAAAGCAAAUAUGAACUUCUCAAUUUUCUUCUAUACAGUGAUUGUCACGAUUCUUGAGUGUUUGGCUUAUGGUGCUUAUGAUGGGUUAUUUAGGUUUCAGAGUUCAUGUUUUCACAGCUUGUUUUUGAGUUCCUUCUGAAUAGUUUCUCUAGGUUAUUCCUUAGGUUAUGUUAUUCUCUUUCUGUUUUAUUUCAGUCAGUCUUAUUACAUGUUCCCUUUAUUCCUUGCUCAUCAAGUUUGUUAAUGCCUAAUUUCAUAGUUUAUACUUGAGCCUUGCUUGUUUUUAUUUUUCCCCCUGGCAUUACUCCUGUCAUGUUCUUUUAAAGUUAGUGUCUUGUUUAUGUUUUUAUUCUAUUUGUUUUUUUCACUGUUGUCUGGGAGGUUUUGCUAUGUUUCCUUAUGUUUAAUUUCUUUUCCCAAAAUUGCAUUAAUUUUCUUAGAAUACUCUCAGGCCAAUUUGACCUUUAGAUUCCUAUUUUGUCUCAGUUCAGCUCCUAUGUCUCUCCAAUUAAACCCAAUGAAUCCACAAGUGUUAUUCCAUCUCAUAUAUAAGUUAUACUACUUGCCUCUUUCUUCAGCUAUUUAAGUUCCUGGCUUGAUUAUCUGUUUUGUUUUGUUCUGUUUAAUCCCAUGAUUGUGCCAAGCCUAAUUAAGUUUUUGCCUUUUUAAAAUAAAUCAUCACCAUGUCACACUUCAGCAGUCCUUUGAACACUGGCUCAGAAAGAACUCCCAUGAAGUUGUAUUCACGUCCCUUAAACGUUUGCACGUAUUGCAUUGCUACAACCACAAACUUUCAUAAAGUUUAUUGGAAUCUUUUUUGAUAUAUCAUAAAAAGAAAAAACUAAAAAUUUAACACAUAAAAAUCUAAGACGUGCACUUGCCUUUUUGUUCAUUCUCUUUGCGUCAAUAGCUUUUGCUCUAAUGACAGCUUUGGGAGACAUCUUUACAAGCUUUGCACGUCUGGAGUCUGAAACUUUGACCUAUUCUCAUUUGCAAAAUAGUUCAAGCUCACUUCAAUUGGAUGGCAAGCAACUGUCAACAGCUUUUGUCAACUCUUGAUACAGAUCUAGAUCUGUGCAUUACAUUAUUUUAUCUAUCCCAUUCUUGCUCUGAGUUCAUGUUUUGUAUUGCUGUCAUGAAUGUGAACCUCCUCUUGUUAUUUUAAUACAGAAUCCAAUAUUGCUCUGUAUUUAACUCCAUCUAUCUUCCUACAGUCUCUGACCAGCUUCCAUGUUCAUGCAUUUUCUCACAAUGGUGCAUCCACCAACAUGUAAGAGACACUAACCCCUAACCUGUGGGUCUGUGUAACUCUCAGAGUCACCAUUGGUGUCUUGGCUGCUUCUUUGAUAAAUGCCUUCUCUGUCUGGGAACAGUUGUGUUUUGACAGGUUUUUAAGUUCUAUAAUUUUCUUCCCCUAUUCAGGUGAUGGGUUCAAAAUGUUUGGAUAUUGAUUUAUAACCCAACGCUGUGUUGAGAUUAAAAACUUUCAACAAAUUUC